AUGGAACAAGGAUUAGAUAAAGCAUCAUUACGUGAUCCAAAGCUCAUCCUGAGGAGCUAUACAUCAGAGGAUUUUCAACGAGUACAAGAAUUGUUUAUCGGCACGUACUAUGGGCUUGUAUCAGAAGGCAUAAGAGCCAAACUACGCACACCUUGGACAUGGCUUGGUUGGAUCCUUGGUUACCUCUUUCUUCAAACGGUGGUGCCAACCUUGGUGUUUGGACAAGAACGCGAAAACAGCUGGCCAGAAUACUUUCUCAAGCUAUUCUUGACGUUUUGGUGGGGAGCAACAGCCUUCAUUGUAUUCUUUAUCAUGACUGCAAAGUAUGAAUUGGUGGAUCGUGUCAACGAGGCACAAGAGAACGACAUGUCAGAUCCAGCAACCUAUUAUCUCAACUACACCACCACCGCUGACAAUAAGCUUGUACAGAAACCCGCAGCUGAACAAGCCCCUUCUCAUUUUUGGGUCUUAUCGAUUGACAAUAGCCUUGCUGGUAUUGUGGGAUUGGCUGUUUACAACAAGGUAGUCAAGGAGAAUCGUAAUAAGGAUCAGCGUAAAAGGAAAGCAUGGUGGACAGUGGAUGCGGAUCUUGCCAUGGCCAAGGAUGAUAUAUUCGCCGAACCCACCCCGCCAAAGACCGCCAUCCUGCAACGCCUUGCCAUCACUCCCGAUUAUCAACACUGUGGUCUCGCCAACUUGUUAAUCAAUCGAGCCAUGUUUUGGGCACAUGAGCAUGGUAUUGAAACGGUGGUUGCUUAUACCAAUGACAUGCAACGUACAGCGGAAAAGGUAUUAAUGGAACGCCAUGGUUUCAAACUCGAGCAUACGAACAAAAAGUGGCUCAGCUAUCAAAAGAAGCUGGUGUGCGACGUGCAAGCAUGGAUCGACAAGUAUGGUGAAGAAUCCAAGGGCUUAUAUGAAAAGCGAGUAAAAUAG